AUGCGUAUUAUUAUUUAUGUUCACAUUUUACGAUAUUUAGCAUUCAUUAUUAGUUUAAUAUCAUUUUCAUGUCAUUUAGCUCAAUGUAUUUUGUUGCAAGAGUAUAUAGAAAAGACAGAAAUUCCGAAUUGGAUGACAGCUGGGCACUGGCAGUAUCUUAGUUGUACAUUAUUUUCAUAUAAGCAUGAUAAAAAGCAGCAGCAGCAACAACAACAACAACGACAAAAUCAGUCGUAUUCUCUUGAUAAAUGUAUUGGGUCUUUAUCCUUUUUACUUAUUUUAUCUUCUGUCAUUACGGCUGUUAUAUUUGAUUCAGGAGUAACAGAAGAACCAUGGACAAAUGAUAGUUAUAAGCUCGAAGAACCACGAAUUGGAUUAUUGACAUCUUGUUAUACAUUAUUUGAUUCAAAUCAUGAUUUACUUUAUCCAUUAUUAUACAAGAGAUGUAUUUUAAGUGAUUCUACAUGGAUUUGUGCAAUUUUACUAUGCAUUAAUUGGCUUAGUCUAGUUGGGUUUGUCAUUUAUCAGACUUUAUCUGAAGAAAGAAGAAUAAAAAAGACAAUAAACAAACGUGUCUUCAAUCGACCUACAGAAGCAACAACUACAACAGCACCAUUUCAAGAGCUGGCUUGGGGUCGAUAUAUUCCAGAUCUGCCCAACUCAUUAUAUUCAUCCACUACCCAUUUUGGUAAUCAUCGACUCUUAGUCCCAACAUCUAUCUUGACAUAUAAGAAACACGUUGAAUUUUACGCAUCAGCAGCUAGAGAGCUUUGUUACGACAAAGAAAAGGAUAUAAAGAUAAGUUUAGAUGAAGAAGAGGAUGAUGAUGAAGAAGAAGAGAAAAGAAGAAAGAACUAUAUCCCGGCCAUUUCAUUACCUACCUUUGAACUGUGCAGUCAAACUACAUCUUUAUUUGAUGAUUUUCAUUAUUUAACAAAGGAUAUUCAAUAUGAUCAAAACAAAUAUAUUUCACCACCGUUGUCUAUCCUCAAAGGGGAUAAAGAAAACAAUACCACGUCCACAGAAACAAUCACAAUUACUCAAAGUCUCUCUUCUUCAACUAUAUUUGAUAUUACAGACGAAUAA